UCCGGACAUCUUGUUCGAAAAGUCUUCUUGAAGUCCUACAUCAUUCUAACAUCGACUCCAAUCUUUAUUUAUCUAGGCAACAAUGGUGAACUUCAAGACCGUUCAAGCCCACAAUGCAUCGCUCAAGUUACUAGGCCCCGGCCUGGUCGGAGUGUUCGUCGGAGGCACAUCAGGAAUCUCUCUAUCCACAGCCCUGGCUUUCGCACGGUACACUCUUUCGCCUAAGAUCUACCUGAUCGGCCGCAACCAGUCCGCUGCAGACCACGCCAUAGCCUCAAUAAGAACCCUCAACCCAUCCGCCCAAGCUACCUUCCUGCAGUCUGACAUCUCGCUUCUCAAGAAUGUCGAUCGUGUAUGCGAGCAAAUCACCGCUUCCGAACGAAAAGUGAACCUCCUCUUCAUGACGCCGGGGUACAUAACUCUUCAAGGCCGCAACGAGACAACCGAGGGACUAGACCGGAAGUUCGCACUGCAUUAUUACGCACGCAUGCGCUUCGUCAACCGUCUCAUGCCACUCCUAACAGCGGCGGCGGAUUCCCCCGUUGAAACUGCGACUGCUAAUGCGCGGAUCUCGCGCGUCGUCUCCGUGCUGGAUCCGCAUGUCGCUGUCCGGCUCUGUGGGUCCGGUGCGCUCGAUUACUCCGACUUGAGUUUGAAACAUAGUUUCACGCUUAGUAGAUGCGGCGCGCAUGCGAGUCUGAUGGGGGAUUUCUUCCUUGAGGGAAUGGCGAAGCGUUAUGUGGGAACCUCGUUUGUGCAUGCGUACCCGUCCGGUGUGGAUACUGGUCUCAUGCGUGAGAUUCCGGCCGGAGAGGUACUAGCCACUGUGCUGAGACCGUUUCUAAGUCCGUUUUUGGUGCCGAUUGAGGAGAGUGGAGAGAGGCAUUUGUUUGCGGCCACGAGUGGGAGGUAUCCACCAAAGGCUCGGGGUGAGAUAGUGGAGCCGGGUGGUGAUAUGGCGAGUGGUAGUGAUGGGCUUAGGGGGAGUGGUUGCUACUGGGUGAGUUGGGAUGGAGAGGUGUUCCCUCAGAAUAGUAAAUUGGAUAGGAUGAGAGAGCAGGGCGCGGUCGAGAAGGUGGUGCAGCAUACCGAGGAGGUGUUUAAGCGGGUAUGUGAGGAGGGAGGAACAUACCCCUGAAUCAACCGUCCUAGUUGAAUCUCAG